GUGGACGAGGAAACGAUCACCAAGCUCGAAUCGAUCUUUUCUGAGUCUCUUCUCCUUGCUGCUCUUGAUUUGAUCGACUGCGAAGGUGUCAUCAAAUACACUACCCCAUGGGGUCGCGUUCACUAUGAGGCUGUCUGUUCUCAGGGCACAUACUUGGUACAUCCGAAGCUCGGGAGCGAUUCAACUUUGGGCUUCUACUGUCCUUGCCCAGCAUUCACAUAUACCGUCUUGGUGGCCGGAUCGCAUCCCAUGUGCAAGCACGUUCUGGCUAUCCGUCUGGCAGAACGUCUGGACAAGUGCGUCGAGAGGCAGUUAGGCCUCGACGGUCUCGCAUUCAUCAUAGCUCGUCAAUUCGGAUGA